CUGGUAUCCGUCUACCGCUCCUGCAACGACUCUUACCGUUACAGCCACAACGCCAAUCCGCGGCGUGUGCUGACGAAGCCGUCAGUGGGCGUCAAGAACGACGGAUACGACAACGAAAACUCGGAUCUGAUUAUGCACGUGAACGACGUGUUGGUGAACGGGCAGCCCGGGGCGGUGCUGCGGCACUACGUGGUGAGUGAGAUGCUGGGGCAAGGCACUUUUGGCCAGGUGGUGUCGUGCUGGUGUCAGGAGCGAGGCGCCUCUGUGGCGGUCAAGGUCAUCAAGAACCAGCCGGCGUACUACCACCAGGCGCGAGUGGAGAUUGGGUUGCUGCAGCUGCUCAACACGCGUUGCGAUCCGGCAGACCAGCAUCAUGUCGUCCGUAUGGUGGACUUUUUCCUGUUCCGCAAGCACCUGUGUCUGGUGUUUGAGAAACUGGAUGUCAACCUGUUUGAGCUGCUGAGGCGGAACGGAUUCAGGGGUCUCAGUCUGAGCCUGGUGCAGCUCUUCCUGCGGCAAUUGUUGGACGCGCUGGUGGUGCUGAGAGACGCGAGCAUCAUCCACUGCGACAUCAAGCCCGAAAACAUCCUGCUCAAGAGCCCCCACAGCGGCGACCUGAAGCUGAUCGACUUCGGGUCGGCCUGCUUUGAGAACCGCACCGUCUACAGCUAUAUCCAGAGCCGCUUCUAUCGCUCCCCCGAGGUGGUCCUAGGCUGCGGCUACACGGUGGCCAUAGACGUGUGGAGUCUGGGCUGUGUGGCGGCGGAGCUGUUCCUGGGGCUGCCGCUGUUCCCGGGGGCCUCAGAACACGACCUGCUCACCCGCAUCGUACAGACGUUUGGCAUGCCGCCGCAGUGGCUGCUGGAGAGCGCAAAACACGUGGACAAGUUUUUCAACAAGCGGCUGGUGCCGCUCGUGGCUCACCACGUCCUGACCAGCCAGGCGGAAUUCGAGGCCAAGAACAGCUGCAAGGCCCCGGCCGGCAAGAGGUACUUCUCGCACACCAGCCUCCCCGACAUCAUCCUCGUCUACCCCUUUAAGCAGAGCCUGAGCAGUGAGGAGGUGGAGCGGGAGCGGCGAGCUAGGGAGUGCUUCAUUGACUUCCUGAUGGGGGUUCUGGAGCUGGACCCCAGGAAGAGGUGGACACCCCGGCAGGCCGCUGCGCACCCCUUCAUCACCGGAGAGGCUUUCAGU